AAAUGGAUAAAUCUUUGGCCUCUGCCAAAGAGGACAAUGAUGAAGACAAAGAACAUGAAGAAGAAAAUGACUCGAUGAUAAAUGAUAAACUUUUAAAUGCUCCUAGCCCCCCUUCUGAAUCUCCAAAUCAAGAGAUACUUAAAGGCAAGAAAAAUGAAUCAAAAAAUGAAGAGGAAAAAAAAAUAGAUCUCCUUCUUGCAAAUGACAAAUCAUUUCAAAGGAAAUAUAAAGUGGAAGAAAAACUUGGAAGUGGAAAAUUUGGAAUUGUAUAUAGAGUAACACGUAAAUAUUGUGACAAGGAAGUAAAUCCUAUAGCACUGAAAAUUUUGUGUAAAGACUUAAUGCGGGAUCCAGAAACCACAUUAAAUGAAAUAAAAAAAAAUGUUCGACUUUGUCAAAGUAAAUCAUGUCCGAAUGUAGUUUCAUUUUUCAGCUUUAACGAGUACAUUGAUCAGUCACAUCGAUAUCUUUGUCUGGAAAUGGAACUUUGCGAUGGAGGGACACUGAAGAAUCCAAAGUCCCAUGAACAUAAAUUUGUCAAUGAUACAUUUAGAAAGAAGAUUUUAAAAGAGACUAUAUCUGGUAUGCUAUUUAUUCAUGACUGUAGUGUGGCACACUGGGACAUUCAUGGAGGAAAUAUACUCUUCAAAAGUGAAGAUGAUGAUACUAUUAAAUUUGGGGACUUUGGUCUCACAAGAGAUAGUACACACUCACAGGAUUUGGAUAUACAAGAGCUUGGAAGAACUUUAUUGAAGUGCGUUUUUUUAAGGGAAUCAGGUUUUUCUGAUUGGAAUCUAAUUUCAAUUGAAUUUCUUUUAUGUGAAGCUAAAGUCCAGAAGGAUUUAAGGGAGAUACUGGAAGGAUUGACAUUCAACACUAUGUCACUGCCAGAGGCACAGAGAAGAAUAAUAGAAAUAAAAGAGAAGGAUUCCCAAGAUGGUAAAGAAGAGCCCUUGUCAAUUCCUUGUGCUACAGAUAAAGGUUAGUAUCAUACAUGUACAU